GUCCCCCGCUGGCGAGGAUAAGGAGAGCAGAAGGAAAUCCAGUCAGUUUCUUCUCGUCCUCGCUCCCCUUCGCGCCAAAAGUGGAAGCCGUGACCAUUGCUGGCUUGUCCACUACCUCUGGAGCGGGCGGCCGCGGUCAGGUCCCGGCCCCUUCCCAUUCCUUCCUCCUUACCCCCCACCCCCAACACCAAAACCAGCCAGAGUCCGCGCGGGUGGCGAAGGGAAGCUAGGAUGAUGUCUAAAUUUUCCCCGAAUAUAUUUCAGUGUUGGUGAAAGAGCUCAAAUCUCCAUUUAAAAAGCCAGGUCACAUCUCGAAGAGAUUGAUAAUUCAUGAUUUAGAAAGACUGGGAAGAUAUGGUCCCAGAAUGGGAUUCUCUCUUAGUAAAUCUACUCAAGUAUCUGCUAUACCCAGUGAUUCAAAAGUGGAGGAUCAUUUAAUUCAAAGGACUAAGAAAAGCAGAUUAAGACCAGUGACUCCGUUAUUUCAACAUACCAGAAAAAUAAGAUUAGAAGACACGAUUCAAGGAGAAAACUUUACAACCAAUGAAGAGACUGGUACAGAAUCUCAUUCAGGAAAAUCGUUAAGUCCUGUGACAUAUGUUAAAGAAAGAGAUGGACUAGAAAUGAUAGAUGUGGAAUGAGGCUAUUUCUACAUUAUUAAUAAACAAAUACUUUUGGCUAA